GUUAUAUUGACAUUACCCCUAAUCUGCCAGGAUGGCAAACCCAAGGAUCACCGCGACUGGCAUAACUACUACGCUAGGCCCUAACGGCUCACUUCCACUCCGUCGUGAGAUUCGAGAUUUACAGGCCAAUUUCAAGGACCAGUUCAAUCUCUAUCUACUAGGACUGGUGGACCUUCAGAAGAAGCCUGUCAAAGAGCUGCUCUCGUACUACCAAUUGGCGGGAAUUCACGGAGAGCCAUAUGUGGCCUGGAAUGGCGUCACUGGGAACCCAAAUGCUCGCUUCGGUGGCUAUUGCACGCACAGCUCCAUUUUGUUUCUAACCUGGCACCGCCCCUAUCUGGCACUAUAUGAACAAGCUCUAUACGCUUCCGUGCAGAAGGUUGCCGGGCAAUUUGCCGAACCGUUGCGGACACGUUAUCUCGCAGCUGCAAAAGACUUCAGGUUGCCAUACUGGGAUUGGGCUGCUCGCAUCACAAGGGGUACUAGUGCUUUCCCUGCUGCGGUCAGCUCUUCAACUAUCAAGGUCAUCGAUGUCGAUGGCGUGGAGAAGCCGAUCAACAACCCGUUGUACAGCUUUCGUUUCAACGACAAGGCAAUUCCCACAGAGCUCGCUCUCGACAGUCGUUGGCGCCAAUUUCCCAACACCAAACGUGCCCCUGACAGCAGCGGCAAUUCACAGAAUGGCGUAGUAUCACAAGUCAUCACUAACGAAAACGAGUCCUUGAGAACUAAUGUAUCCCUUAUUCUGCUCUCGUACACGCAUUUUGAUGCCUUCAGCAACAACGCAUGGCUUGAGGAUGAGGACGCAGGCGCCUACGGAAGUCUCGAGGACUUGCAUGGUGAGAUCCACGAUAAGGUAGGCGAAGGAGGUCACAUGGGAUCUCUUGCCGUAUCUGCGUUCGAUCCCGUAUUCUGGAUGCACCACACCAACGUCGACCGCCUCUGGGCCAUUUGGCAGGCCCUGCACCCCAACGCCUAUGUCAUUGAUAAAGUAAGCCAAGCUGCAGAGGCUAACUUCACGAUAUCAGCUGGUGCUCGCAUCAGCGGCACUACCGAUCUCAAACCCUGGUACGACUCUUCCGCAACGAAGUUUUGGAACUCUAAUGGUGUCAAAUACACAACACCUUUCGGCCAUGCUUACCCGGAGACCCAACGCUGGCUUUAUCCAAACGAUCAAGCAUACCAAGCCGCCGUCACUAAUGAGGUGGUGAGGCAAUACGGUGCCAACAGGAUUACCAGUUUCUUUACGAAUCUUGCAGCAAGCGCAGCUCCUCCAAAAGAGGCUUCGACCGCUGCGGCUUCUAAACAAACUCCUGUUGCCACUGCCUCUGUUGCCAAUAAAUUCGCGCACCUUGUCCCCAACCGCAUGUACACAGAAUGGAUCACUAACCUCCGCACCCUCAAACACGGCCUCAACCAAACAUUCCGCGUCUUCGUCUUCCUGGGUGACUUCAACCCGGACCCCAAAACCUGGCCCACAGAAUUCAACGUCGUCGGCCGCUUCACUGUGCUAGGACGCGGCGACGACACGCCAUGUGAAAAGUGCCAGCAGGACCAAGAAUCCGAACUGGUGAUCACCGGCACUGUUCCGUUGACUUCGGCGCUGCUACAGGAUAUAGUGGCAGGGCAAUUGGCGAGUUUGGAACCGGCAGAUGUGGAGGGUUAUUUGGAGCGGAACUUGCAUUGGAGGGUUACGCUGUUUGAUGGGAGUGAGAAGCCCAGGGAGGAGGUGCCCGGGUUGAAGGUUAGCGUUGUGAGUACUAAGGUUAGGAUUGGGGAUGAUGGUAUUCCGGUUUAUAGUGGGGUUUAUGAUACGCACCCGGGGAUUACGGAUGGGAGGCCUGCGGGGUUGACCCCGGGAGAUAGAGUUUAG